UAACUGACGGAAUAACUUGGGGAAACUGAGAAGUGUGGUCAGCUGCAAAUAAAUAUAAAACAGAUGUCCUCAGACGAAGAGGAACCAACCAGUCCUGUUCUGCCCAAGGACUCUGAUCGGGGCAGCUCUGUCUCCUCCGAUCUUCAGGAUGAGUAUGAAGAGCUCCUCCGCUAUGCAGUGGUCACCCCUAAGCUUGACAGACACACCAGUGCUCACUUGCAGCAGCUGAGCGUCUUGCAUCUGUCUGCAGAGGGUCGGACUUCCCAGAGAAAAGAUGACACAAAAUCAAAGAGCGCAGCAGAAACUGCUACUGAAGCUCAAGAUGGGAGGCAUUCUAGCAGGAGUGUGAGAUCAACACAGGUCUCCCCCUUCAUUGUUGAGCCCUCCACACAUCCAAGAGCCUGUCAUGCUCAGGAGUUGGCAGGUCGGUCAUCUGACAGGGUGUCGGUGCUCUCAGACGGGUUACAGACACCUUUUGAGAGGUCUAGGCCAAACAGCCCACACCCUGAGUCUGCUGUGACAGAGAUGUUUAUCUCAGAGGAAAACAUAAGCAAGAUGGAAAACAUUCUGGACACGUGGAGCAACAACCUGAAGACAAAUGUGCUGACCGAGCUCAGGAAGUGGAAGCUGGCCUUCAUGGAGCAACACAAGCUGGAGAAGAAGAAAGAGAGGGAGAGGUAUGCAGCCCAGACAGCUGGCCUGAGGUCAGAGCUAGACAGCCUGAAGGGGCUGCUACAAACAUACGAGACCUCCAACCAGAGAAAAGAUGAGGUGAUUGUUAACCUGAGCCAGGUGCUGGACAGACAAAAAGAAAAGCUUGAAAAAAUGAAGGCCUUCACCCGCUGGAGACUCCAGCACACUGAAGCAAAAGAAGAGGCUCAUGCUGCUCAGUUAGCACGGCAGCACUACAACUUGCAGCUGAAGAAGAAGGUGUUUUUCGGCUGGCAGUCUCUGAUCCAGAAACACUGGAAGGUCAAGGUGGAGCAAGCCUGCCGAGCAAGGGCUGAAGAGGUCUGCACCCGCCUGUCUGCAGAGUAUGAGGCCAAGCUGGCGGAGCACUGUGAGGCUUUAGAGAGAGCCCAGGCAGAGAUUCAGAGACUGCGACUAGAGCGAGAGCGCUAUGAGGAAUCUAUGAAGAAAGCCUUCAUGAGAGGAGUGUGUGCUCUCAACAUGGAGGCUCUCGGCAUGUUUCAAACUACAGAGGGACGGCCGGAGCAGCCUCCAUCUCAUAAUCAACAUGAUAAUCUGCCUCCUCAGGAUGAGCCUGGCUCUGCUACACUGGCUCAACUUCAUCCAUAUCCCGUUUCUUCCACACGCUUCAGUCCGGUCCACUUUGACUGCCCAGACCCUUCCCACAUCGAAGUAGAGGAAAUGAUGGGGUCUGGUGCCCCCAUGUCCAGGGCAGAAGUGAUCCCUCCCACCACAGUGGUGCACAGCUCACUCCCACCUGGAGGCACUGUAAGUGCCCACAAACAGGUUAGCGGUCGUGUCGUCACAGCGAGUCAACAAAAACCGUCAAAGACUGUCACAGCGAGGAUCACUGCACGUACUGACGUUGCUAAGGCUGCACGCACCAACCUCCAGGUGAUGGGUGUGGCUCCGCCCAUGAGCUCUGUGAUAGUUGAACGGCAUCAUCCUGUCACACAGCUCACUAUCGGUCAGGCCACAGCUUCUAAGUUUCCCCGCUCCUCCCAACACGGCCAAAGCUCCACCGGUGGCAGAAGCUCCUCAAGAACACACACCAGCACGUGCCAUGUACACUCCAUCAAAGUAGUUGACUGACCACACACAUCACACAGAAAGUGUUGCUCAUCUAGUCUAGAUAUAGAAUGUAACACAUCUUAUGCAACAAUCCUAGAUAUAGCUACUGUGGCAAUAGUUUAAAGUCCAUUUUAUUUUGAUAUACUGGAUUGAAUAUGUGAACAUUAGAUUGUUUGUAAAUCUAGAUCAGUCUCUUGAGCAAUAGGAUUUUUUUCCUCAGGAAUGUAUAACACAGACAGGUGUUCAGAACUUCAUAUGUAAAUGUUUUUAAUUAUUACUAGCUGGAGAGAGUUUUGAAUUGCAAAAUGGACAUUUUUGUCUAGGAAUGUUUCCUUUUAAAUUAUGCACAGGUGAGACUGUAUUGUAAUGUGUAAAAUUGCAUAUUUUAAGUAUUUAUUUUAUUGAUGUUUUCUAUCGAGACUGACCGUCCCACACCACAGGUUGUUAACUAACUAAACCAAAGCCAUAUGUUAAUGAUCGGAUGGACAACUGUAUUCCUCAAAUAAAUUAUUUUAGUGCAAAUUUCCUGCACAGAUCUGUGGUUCAAAAA